CUCUACCUUGUUCCUACCUUGGUCCUAUCUCCACUUCGUCGUCUCUCUUCCUGCUUGGGCCUGAGCGUUCUUCUCUUUCUCACUAUUCUGUGCAAGCCUCAAGUCACCUAGGAACGAAGAGAAGCAAUCUCUUGCGCUAAGAAUCUGAUAUACUUUCGAGCUGGCUGGCUGGCUGGCUGAUAGACCGAGUCUCACUUUUCUUCUUCGCUCGGACUGCUCUCCUACGAUCGCUACCGGUCUGACUCUGCCGUCUUGCUGCUCCUGUGAUACAGAAGAUCUCUGCUGGUAGGCGUACGGCCAUUGCAAUAUCGGCAAUCUCCUUCCUCGAGGGCUGUACAGGGUCGAUCUCCUCCGAGCUUCGAGCUACGAUCCUUCCUCAUCUUCUUUCCCUCUCUCUCAACUCCUCAUAUCAGGUCAUAGCGAUUCCUUUGCGGACUAUUGCAUACGAUCCAAGAUGCCCAAAGUGAUCAUUGCACCAUCGGUGCUAGCAUCGGACCUGGGGAAUCUCAAUUGCGAAUGCAAGAGGAUGAUGGACGAUGGAGCUGAUUGGUUGCACAUGGACAUCAUGGACGGUCACUUUGUACCCAACAUUGUCAUGGGAGCUCCCAUUCUCUCCUCGGUGAAGAAGGCAGUGCCUGACAUUUUCAUGGAUUGUCAUAUGAUGGUGACAGAACCGGGUCGCUGGGUGAAAGAUAUUGCAGAAGCGGGUGGAGCCUCAUAUACAUUUCAUCUGGAAGCCACAGACGAACCAAUGGACGUUGUGCGGUUGAUCAGAGCAACAGGGAUGAAGGCUUCCGUGGCCAUCAACCCCGGAACACCUGCUAGCGAAAUCAGCGACGAGCUCGGCAACGAGGUUGACAUGAUCCUCGUCAUGACCGUGUGGCCCGGAGCGGGAGGACAAAAGUUCAUGAAGGAGUGCAUGCCGAAGGUCGCGGAGCUGAGGGCACGCUUCCCUCAUGUCAACAUCGAAGUGGACGGAGGCGUGGCUCCAAAGACGAUCCACUACUGUGCCGAGGCAGGCGCCAACGUCAUUGUAGCCGGAACAGCCGUCUUUGCUGCCGAAUCUCCUCGAGACGUCAUUGCCUUUUUGAGGAACCAAUGUACAGCAGCACAAGAAAGGAUCCUAGCAGAAAGGGAACAGCUGAUCUAUGAUCCCAAUGCAGACGUAGUGGAGGACGAUGAUGAGUUUGAGAAGAGGAGAGAAGAGGCAAUGGAGGGUAGGAGAAGUGGAGCUACAACGCCAGUGGGGUCCAAGCCGAGGGCCUAUCUCAAGCAUCUGGACAGGAGGAGGAGCUCGGCCACCAGUGGCAAGAGUGGAAAGUUUGGAGCGGACCUUGGGAUGACUUUGAAGGCCUAGAGGAAGCCGUCCAGGCCAAGAGUAGGGGAAGGGGAUUGGUGAGGGGACCUCUCCUUGUGCCUGUGGGAGUUGGCUACUCGAUGCGCUUGUCCGGCGCUCCAACACCCUCUGUUUCGCAAUAGAAGAGCAUCUUAGCAUAAUCCGUGUAGUAUUUCGUGG